AGCUUGGAUAUCUUACCAUUACUCGCCCGAGCUUACAACAGCUUUCGUUCGAAUAUUAAGUGUAGUUGGCAAAUAUGCCAUUGAAUCUGUUCCUGCGCGAGCAUGAGAAAAGGAAUGUGUCCGAGUGGACAUACCAUGUGGAAGACAAAUCCGUCAGUUCUAAAAUGUUGUACCCUUUCUGGAAGAAGGUGGCCAGCAUAGUUCCCAAGACAGUGGCACCCAAUGUGCUGUCACUGGCUGGGUUUAUCUGCAUUUUGCACGCAUACUACGUAGUGACUGUGCUUAACUCGUCCUAUCCCGCAGUGGCGUCGCUGUUAGCCGCUGUACUGGUGUUUGCCUACCAGACACUGGACGCCAUCGAUGGUAUCCAUGCUCGGCGGACAAUGAACGAGUCCAGCAUUGGCGAACUGUUUGACCACGCGUGCGACAAUGUGGGCAUGCCCUUCUUAGUCAUCACCGUCGCAAGGUGUCUUGGCUACACCAACAAUGUGUGCAUCUGGUUUGUGGUGCAAUCGGUGCAGCUUGUCCUGAUGAAGUCCCACUUCAAGGCCUUUAUCGACAGCGAGCGCUUUGUCCGGUACCGUGUGGUGGGGUCGCCAGGGGAUGCGCUGAUCAUUGUGGAGAUUGUGUUGAUUGCUCGGUCUAUGCUGGGGCUGGACUGGCUGUUCACCAUGUACCUGCAUCUGCUGCAUCUGCUCAGUGACUUGACUGAGUAUAUCCUGCACCAGAUCGGGUUCACUGAGUUCCAUGCACCCCACGAACAGGUGACGGAGGAGCAACUGUGGCUGUGGGGUCCCAAGGUGAUCUACUACGGAUUGCUGCUGUGGUUUAUCGCUCGUGUGCUGCUGACCAAGAAACAGUUAAAGUUCAACGACCCCAUCACAGGCGAAGCCAUUGGCGAACAGGUCGACACCUACCCCACCAAGACAGCCCUGCUACUGUGCCUGGGAUAUCGUGCAAUCCCCUCUCUGCUACUGUGGGUGCCUGGGGCUACGCCGGUGACACUGUUUGUCUCUGAACUCGACAUCAUCUGCGAUGGUGUGCUGAUGUCAAUUUUGACGUCUGAUCUCAUUCUCUCUAAAAUGGCCCGCCGGAAUGUCCAUUCAUGGGUGCCUAUCCUCUACAUGCUGUCUAUCUUCGACCGGCUGGUGUGUCUGGUGCUGGUGGCUGUUUACUUUGGAGGGGUCUUCGGUGAUCUGUGCACGUACAUGAAUCUGCCGCUGCUCACAACAAACGUCAAUGUGUACUGCGACGGCGUGUACGAUCUAUGCCACUGUGGCCACAAGAAUCUAUUCAAAGCUGCGCUGCGAUUCGGCACGCGACUGCUGGUGGGUGUGGUGGGCGACGAAGACGCCAACAAAUACAAGCGACCACCCAUCAUGACAUGUGACGAGCGGGCAGCUGAGGUGGCUGGGUGCAAAGGCGUGCACACGGUUAUUAAGGACUCACCUUGCUUUGGGCUGACGGAGGAGUUUAUUAAGAAGCACAUGAUCCAUGUGGUGGCCCACGGAAAGGAGUACACGGCACUGGACCAGGCGGAGGAAUACCGAAAAGAAAUGGAGAAAGCGCUGGAAAAGGGGGACUUAGAAGGGGCCAAAGAAUUGCGAAAGAAAGCUGCGUUUGAGCAGAAGAAGGGAGACAUCAACCCCAAGGCACUCAGCGAACGGGGAGAGAAGUACUAUAAAGUUGCCUUCGACAUGGGCAUCUCAGAAAUUCUGCCGCGCACGCCUGGGCUAAGCACCAGCGACCUUAUACGUCGGUGUCAAGAGGCCGGCACUAAACGCCACGACAAGUGAUGCUGGCUGCAUCUCCUCGUGAAUCGAAUACAAGUCACCGCUGAUCAGCCAGUCCAUCAUAAGCCUUGUACGUCAUGCGUAUAUGACCACCCACGCAUCCAUGUAGGGCGAGGAAGUGUAUACGUCCAUACAUGUCUGUCAGUGCCCUGACAAGCGGACGCUCUCGGCAUAGGUACAACGCACUUAAGAAACGUGCACUAAGCGUAUGCAAGAAUGUGGCCUCACUACCUUCGAAUGGGGUCAGUCUCGUGGAUUGCUCUGCACGAUGACUAUACCACAGGCGGGGCGACUGCACCUUUGCCAUCAGUGGCAAUGCGAAAGCAGAUGGCAUGCUACUUCAAUUAUUAAAAUUCAGCCUACCGUUUAAGACCCUAGUACGACUUUAGUCUGGGUACUUAAUAUUGGCUGCUCCGAUG